GGUGGUCCGGUCUCCCGAAACCCUAUGCUCCACAGUCCCCCCACUCCCCUCUUUCAAAAAACCAGAGAGAGAGAGAGAGAGAGAGAGAGAGAGAGAGAGAGAGAGAGAAGAAAGAUCUAUAUUUGUGCUAAAACACACACAAGCAAGCAGAAGCAGAAGCAGUUGUCGUGUGAGUUCGUGUUGUGUUAUGGCGGAGGGUAUUGAAUCCUACGACCACGUCCCCCAACAGAGCCGCAGAGACAAGCUUAGAGAACAACCCGACCGCUCCGCCUUCCUCCCAAUCCCCAUCCCCAUCACCAUGUACGAUCCCUCCCUCGAUAUCCUCCCCUCCGCCGCCGCCGCCCGCUUCCAAUUCCACCACCCCUCGCCCUCAUACUUCGACCCCCACUCCUCUCUCUUGCCCGACAUCCACAACCCGAACCCGAACCCGCUUUUUUGCUUCGGCGGUGCUGACGUGGCGGCCUUCAAGCCGGAGCCGCUCUCCCUCUCCCUCUCCUCCCACCCUUAUGGCCAUGGGCUUCUCCCGCUCGGCCCAUUUACCGGCUACGCCUCCAUUUUGAAGGCCUCCAGAUUUCUCAAGCCGGCGCAGCACCUUCUUGAGGAGCUUUGCGAUGGCGUUGGGCCCGAUUCCUGUUUGCCCGAUCCAACUUCUGACACUCUCGCCGAGACUGGAAUUCUCGACGAUCCCGGCCUCCACUCCCCUGAUGCCCCUCCCGGAAAUAAGUCCACUCUCCUUUCCAUGCUCGAUGAGGUUUAUAGAAGAUAUAAGCAAUACUAUCAACAGAUCCAGGAAGUAAUGACAUCGUUCGAGUACAUCUCCGGGCUUGGAAAUGCCGCACCCUAUGCGAACCAGGCUAUAAAAGCCAUGUACAAGCAUUUCAAGUGCUUGAAAAAUGCAAUUCUAGACCAGCUUCAAUUCACUAAAAAGACUCAUGGUGGCGACUACUGCCAAAGAUCUGUUCAGAACUCGGGGUUUAAUGACCAUCAGCCUGUUUGGCGACCGCAACGAGGGCUUCCCGAAAGAGCGGUCACAGUUCUCCGUGCGUGGUUGUUCGAGCAUUUUCUUCAUCCUUAUCCUUCUGAUACAGACAAGCUUAUGUUGGCAAAACAGACCGGCCUGUCUCGUAGUCAGGUUUCUAACUGGUUCAUUAACGCAAGAGUGAGGCUUUGGAAGCCGAUGGUUGAAGAAAUCUACAUGCUUGAAACAAAGCAAACACAGAAGAAUUUGCAUAGAGAAGAUCGCAAUGCGAUCAGGCCGAGCGACCACCAUCCAUCGAACUCCCUCGCGUUGGAUAACCCCUCUACAUCUGCCCAACAACGCCAAGAUACUCCUCAGAGACGCACCCGAAACGAGCCCCAUGACAUGCCACUCAGUACUCAAGACGAGCCAUUGAAUGUAUCGUACGAUUUGUUAAGCCAUCCCCAUGCGAACAUGGCAGGCAAUAAUAACGGUGGAGUUUCCUUAACUCUUGGUCUUCACCAGAACAACGGCGUAGGGAGCUUCUCAGAAUCCUAUCCUGUCGGGUUCCCGGUUGCAGCAGCGACUCGACGAUUCGGCCUCGGGAUCCAAGCGAACGGAGACGGGUACGUGCUGGGUGGAUUCGAGGCACAGAAUCGGCAUUUUGGUAGAGAUGUUCUUGGAGGUCAGCUGUUACAUGACUUUGUAGGCUAAAAUUCAAAUGUGAAAAGGAGAAGGAGAGGGCUAUUUGGUAGUGAAAGUUGUAUUUAUACCGUAUAAAAUGUGGGGUUAGAUUAGUACUACUACUAGAGAGAGCAUAAGCAAAAUUAUUCAAUGUGAAGAAGAAGAUGAAGAAACCUGUAAAUGGCUUUUUACCUCCAUUUUCCGACCGGAAAAAGAAAAAAAGAGGAAAAAAAAAAGAAAAAAGGAGAAUUCAAAGUCAAAAAGUUGCUUUGUGGAGCUAUCUUGAUUUAGAUGCCAUUAUUUGCCAUUGUUUCUUACAGAAGAGAAGAUGCUGUAACGAUUUCUUCGAAUGAAAAAAAGAAAAGAAGAGGAAAGAAAAGGGGAUUUGUAGCUA